UAUUGAGUACGCAACAUGGCAAGACCUCCUGGUGUCAAGAUAUCUAUCUUGACGAUCUUGCUCUUGUUCGUGAACCAAUCACGAAGUCUGUCGAGUAAAUGUCAAAGCUUUCAAAAGAACCGAGUUUGUCUUUUCGUGGAUAACUCUAUUCGGAUUCUAAAGGAACCUCAUAAUGUUCACGAAUGCCAGUUUCAAUGUGACAAGCAUCCUUUGUGUCACUUCUUCACCUUCUACGACCGCGGACGAGGCGAGAAAAAGUGCGUUCUGUUCCGGUCAUGCGAUGAGACCAAAGCUUGUCGAAAAUGCUUCAGUGGGCCGAAUUUUCCACGCGUGGACGAUUGCAAUCUGUCUGUGGAAGACUUGAAGACUAUUGCGGCACUGGGGAGGGAUUCCAAGGAGAUCAUUUCUAAUUUCAUUACGAAUCAGGGUCUUUUAAAUGAUUUCAAGGUUGCAUCGUUAGUAAGGCUAGAGCGGCAACUUGAGGAUGAGCUUGAGAACCAAUCAAAUCGAACUGGACGGCAAUUUGGAGGAACUGCUGGAGGUUCGGGCGGUACACCUGGAUCUUUAGGAACACCUGGAUCUCUGGGAUCAGCAGGUUCUUCAGGCACACCUGGAUCACCAGCUUCCCCAGGAUCUCUUGGGUCACCUGGAACACCAGGAACUCCAGGAACCCCAGGUACGUUCGGUUCCUUAGGUACACCUGGAUCACAAGGAUCACCUGGAUCACCAGGGUCCCCAGGAAGUCCUGGAACUCUUGGGACUCUUGGAUCUCCUGGAUCUCUUGGAUUUCCUGGAUCUCCUGGAUCUCCCGGAUCUCCUGGAUCUCCCGGAUCUCCUGGAUCUCCCGGAUCUCCUGGAUCUCCUGGAUCUCCUGGAUCACCUGGAUCACCAGGGUCCCCAGGAAACCCUGGAACUCUUGGAACUCUUGGGACUCCUGGAUCUCCCGGAUCUCCCGGAUCACCUGGAUCUCCUGGAUCUCCCGGAUCUCCUGGAUCUCCCGGAUCUCCUGGAUCUCCUGGAUCUCCUGGAUCUCCUGGAUCUCCUGGAUCUCCUGGAUCUCCUGGAUCACAAGGAUCACCUGGAUCACCAGGGUCCCCAGGAAACCCUGGAACGCUUGGAACUCUUGGGACUCCUGGAUCUCCCGGAUCUCCUGGAUCUCCUGGAUCUCCCGGAUCUCGAUCUCCUGGAUCACCAGGAUCUCCUGGAUCACCAGGAUCACCUGGAUCACCAGGUCAAGGGGGAACACCUGGUACUCCUGGUUAUCCUGGGUUGGGUGGAUCUCCCGGAACACCUGGUUCGGGAGGUACUCCUGGCACUGGAGGGACCCCCGGCACUGGAGGGACCGCUGGCACCGCAGGGUCUCCGGGAACUGCAGGAUCUCCCGGUACCGCAGGAUCUCCUGGCACUGCAGGAUCUCCCGGCACUGCAGGAUCUCCCGGCACUGCAGGAUCUCCCGGCACAGCAGGAUCACCAGGAACUGCCGGAAAUCCAGGAUCUCCUGGUCAGCCUUUUCAGGUAAAGUCUGAAUUAAAUUUUUCUCGCUUUAUAUCUUUCUACAUGCAUUGAUUCUGUUGAGUGCUCAAUGUCAUUCAGAUUUGAUCAAUUUGGUUGAGCCUUAAAGAACCCUGUUGGUUUAACUC